UACAAAUUUUCAAAAUUUUAUAUUUUAGUUUAUUAAUGAAACUCAAACGCAGUGGAAGUAGUAGUGGUGUGUGGUUUCUGGGGAAAUCUUUAAAUUUGUGGUGAAAAGUGGUGAAGUUUUUGCAAGAAAAAAGAGUUUUAAAUUUCUAAUUCGAAAUUUAAUAUUGAGAAAAAAACAAAAUGGAAGAUGAUGAGAAAAUGGAUAUAAUGCGUAAAGCAUUUCAAAUGUUCGAUACCCAAAAAACCGGUUUUAUAGAAUGUCUGCGUCUCAAGACCAUACUCAACAGUAUGGGUCAAAUGUUUGAGGAAAGUGAACUGCAGGAAUUAAUCGAUGAAAAUGAUCCCGAAGAUACGGGUAAAGUUAACUUUGAUGGCUUUUGUAAUAUAGCCGCCCAUUUCCUAGAGGAAGAAGAUGCUGAGGCCAUACAAAAGGAAUUGAAAGAAGCCUUUCGUUUGUAUGAUCGUGAGGGUAAUGGUUAUAUUACCACUUCCACCCUUAAAGAAAUCUUAGCUGCCUUAGAUGAUAAAUUAUCCUCAAGUGAUUUGGAUGGUAUUAUAGCCGAAAUUGAUACCGAUGGUUCGGGCACUGUGGAUUUUGAUGAAUUUAUGGAAAUGAUGACUGGCGAUUAGUUAUUUAAAUUUAAAGAAAAAUAAAUUUUAUUUGAAAAUCAAAA